GCAGAAAGAACUGAAGCCACUGUAGGUGUCCUCUUUCCUUGAAUAAAUUCUAACACCACCUAAAAGAAUCUUCACCCUGUAUCAAAAAGGACCCGUCCCACUUUUGUUUGUGUAUAACUAUGAAAAGAUGAAAAAAAUAAAAGAAAAAAGAUAGUAUGGAAAAAUUGGAGGCAAGUCUAUGCACUCCAAAUAGCUGGCAUAUCUUCUUGCUACAAGCCAAACACCAGAUCAAGUGCAAGGACAAUAAAGGCAUUGCACCUUACUUGAUCAUUAGAUUCAUUACACACUGAAACUGUAAAUAAACCAAAUGAAAUUGGAAAAAAGAAAAAGGAAGUGCACAUAUAAACUAAACCUGGCCUUCUAACUCUCCCAAGGAGAAGUGAAUGUUCACCAAUUUCCCACCUUUCUUGCCAUGCAUGCAUGGUGUAUAGAUGCUCCAGUCAACAGGAUCUUCCUCGGGGAAAAAAUAGCUUUCGAGAUUUUAGGACAUUAUAGAUAGUGGAUUCCUCCAAUCCAACUUGGAAUAAAAUUCCACCAUUAACUCAGGGAAUAAGGUUCCUAAACUUUUCCUGAUGAUGGAUAUGAAUGCCAGGAGAAAUAAAGUCUAAAGUGGAUCUAUUCUUAUAUGAAACCUAAGGUGUCAAGUUUUUUCAAGAAGUCAUAGUCCGGAGGAAUUUUAAUGGCUAGUGCUGCUUUCUAAGAAUGGAAAGGGAAGUUGCAUAAGAGGACCCCAUGUACGUGUAAAACUGGAAGGACAAGAUCUCCGUUCAUUUCAAAUGAUAAUUUAAUUGGAUUUGAUGUUCUGAUGGCCCUGUUCAAGAUUCUAUGCUUCCAAUGUACCCCACCUCUCCUUAUUUGCUUAUAAAACAUCCCCAAGCACAGCUUUAGUAAAUAAAGAUUGGCCAAAGAAAACAAGAAGUAGAUAAAAGCAUUAGUAGACAGUUUUCUUUCACCAAGUAUCAGGAAUGCAAGAGUGUGCUACACGGAAUAUAUCAAAAUUGUAUUUCACAUUCAAGGGUGAUUGCAGAUUGGAACAGGCACAUUAGAUCUCUUCAGGAUAGCUCCAUGUCAAUCAUUUCCUUUUACCCAUAACACGAAUCUCACUUAUUUCAAGUCAUCUUAUUGAAGACAAUUACAUGUAUUGUCAUCACCACCAAGGACAGAGCAUGCAUCCUAUAUCAAGAAUGUCCAUUCCUUCUGAUAGGCACUUAUUCCUUCAAGGUGCAAAUGGAACCGGAGAUUCAGGACUUGUACUUUCCACUGAUGCUAAGCCAAGACUAAAAUGGACUCCAGAUCUCCAUAGGCGUUUCAUAGAAGCAGUUAAUCAACUAGGUGGAGCAGACAAAGCUACUCCAAAAUCAGUGCUGAAACUUAUGGCGAUUCAAGGUUUAACCUUGUACCACUUAAAGAGUCACCUUCAGAAGUACAGGCUCAGCAAGAACCUCCAUGGACAAGCUAACAGUGGGAGCAACAAAGCAGCUACAGGAGAAAGAAUAUCGGAGACAAAUGGAACUCACAUGAGUAAUCCAAGCAUGGCACCCCAGACAAAUAAAAAUUUACACUUGAGUGAAGCAAUAGAAAUGCAAAUUGAAGUGCAAAGAAGGCUACAUGAGCAGCUGGAGGUACAGCGCCAUUUACAGCUACGGAUCGAGGCCCAAGGUAAAUAUUUACAAUCGGUACUAGAGAAAGCAGAGGAAACCCUUGCAACACAGAAUUUAGGGACAACUGGUUUGGAGGCAGCCAAGGUUCAGUUAUCUGAUUUGGUGUCUAAAGUAUCCACCCAAUGCCUGAAUUCUGCAUUUUCAGGGAUGAAAGAACUGUCGGAUUUGUGCCUACAGCAAAUAAAAACAACUCAGCCAACGGAUUGUUCAACAGACAGCUGCUUAACCUCCUGUGAAGGCUCUCUCAAGGACCAAGAAUUGUACAAUAACCAAGUCGGAUCGAAAAUUUUGAAUUUUAGAGAAGCUAUAGAACCAAGGAAUCAUGACAAUGGACUCAGGCAGCAGAAGACUGAACUAAGGCUGUGUGAAAACCAGAAAGAGAGCACCAGAUUUCUUUGCGCAACAAAUGACAACGUGGAAAAAGCAUUUGCUCUAGAAGAAAACUCCAGAAAUUUAUCAAUGGCCAUUGGACCUCAGGGAGGACCAUGGAAUGGCAGCAGCAGCUGUUCAGAGGACAGAUUUAAAGAAGCUGAAGCUGAUGCAGAUGCAGAUGCUAAAUAUUUUGACCGAGAUGCUCAUAAAACAGAGAAUCAGAAGACGACGCCAGGGUCUAAACUACCAUACUUUACAACAGAACUGGAUCUAAACAUAGAUGACAAAAAUGAUGCUGCUUCAAGUUGCAAGAAAUUUGAUUUAAAUAGCUUCGGCUGGGGCUGAGAGGAAAAUAUUUUCAGAGAUGUUGGUAUUUUGCAUCAAGGAAGAAAGUUUAAAUUCAAUUUCAGAAACUGAAUUCUCUCAUUUGGUUAGGGAAGAUAAAAUCAUUGAGAUAAUUAAGGGUCUGCCACAUUUAAAUUUAGAGCAUUGUAACAUCAUGAGUUGUUCGUGCUUAAAUUUCGAAUCUAAUAUUAAGUUGAUGGUCGACAGCAAUAUAUGACUUCAAAUAUAUCUCUGCAAUUCUGUGUGUUAAACUCCUACAUAUUUACAUAGUUGGUCUCAAGCCUAGACAUGAGACAAGGGCUGCAACAGGUUGAUAGCAAGUGGUAGUUGACCUUUGUCACGAUAUGACUCCUCACUAACAUUUUGCUGUAUUAGUUGGAUUUUAUUUCUGGUAACCAGACAAUGAAAUUAGAAAUCAAUUAACAUGAUUGGACAAAAUUAGCUCA